AUGGCACCGCAGAUCGAGGACAGCCUUAUCUCGCCGCAGUUCUACCCUCUAGGCAAGGCUGCAACUUCUGAAUCUCGCUUUGGUUCUCUCUCCAUUCCCCCCAAGGAUGAACCGUUCGCCCUGCACGGUGAAUACCUCAGCGACCCCCACCCCAACAAGGUCAACUUGGGCAUAGGCGUCUAUCGUACCGAGGAUGGAGGCCCAUGGCCCUUGAACGUCGUUGAAGAGGCGGAGGCACAGUUGCAUCGAGAGAGGGACGAAGGAAGACACGAAUAUCUGGCCAUUCAGGGUGACUUGGAUUUCCUUCCCUUGGCGCGUGAUUUGGCUUUCAGCCUCCAGGAGCACGAACUGGGUCUGCAGCGCGGAGACAAGGACCGCAUUGUGUCUAUUCAGACUGUCUCUGGCACUGGAGCGAACCGACUGGGUGCUGAGUUCCUUGCACGCUCUCUCAAGCCGUGUACUGUUUGGAUCCCCGAACCCACCUGGGGCAACCACCAUGCUAUCUGGGAGCUCGCCCAGGUGCAGAUCAAAACCUAUCCGUACUACGACUUCGAAGGCAAAUGCUUCAACUACGGAGAGACAGCGCAACUUUUGGCGAACGAGGCCAAGGGGGGUGACGUUGUGAUCUUUCACGCCUGCGCCCACAACCCUACUGGCGCUGACCCGAGCAAAGAGCAGUGGAUGCAACUGGCGAACCUCUGUCAGACCAAGAGCCUUUUCCCGUUCUUCGACCUCGCCUACCAGGGAUUCGCAUCGGGCAAUCUCGAAGAGGAUGCCUGGGCUAUUCGCCACUUCCUGCAAUCCCGCCCCCAACUCGAGUUUUGCGUCGCACAGUCUUUCUCCAAGAACUUCGGUCUCUAUGGUCAGCGCACCGGUGCGUUGCAUGUGGUGACUACCAGUGAUACUGGAAAGGUCCCGCAGGCGGUUCUGGCGAAUCUCAACCUCCUCGCUCGCAGUGAGUACGGCAUGGCGCCUCGUAGUGGAUCGGACAUUGUCAAGAUUGUCCUUGGCUCCAAGGAACUGAGGGAGAAGUGGCAUGGCGAUCUGAAGCACAUGAGCGGACGAAUCAUUGCGAUGCGACAGGCUUUGUACGAUGAAUUGGUCCGACUGGGUACGCCGGGCACGUGGGAGCAUAUCUUGUCUCAGAUUGGCAUGUUUACGUACACGGGAUUGACUGCGAACCAAGCCCUUGCCAUCCGCGAGCGCCACCAUGUCUACAUGCUUCAGUCUGGCCGAGUUUCCAUGUCUGGUUUGAACACCAAGAACGUGUGCUAUACUGCGAAGGCCAUUGACGAUGUUGUCCGCACUGUGGCGUAG